UUUGUCUCGACCUCCAUCCUCUCUACCUCACGAAAUGUUCUCCUUCUUCCGCCGUUUCUCCUCUGCUGCCCCUCCUGCCCCUACCGCUGGCAGCAUCGCCAACGUCUUCUUCGAUGUCUCCAUCAACUCGAACCCCGCCCAGCGGAUAACGUUCAAGUUGUACGACGACGUCGUGCCCAAGACGGCGCGCAACUUCCGGGAGCUCGCUACCGGGCAGCACGGGUUCGGCUACGCGGGCAGCCACUUCCACCGUAUCAUCCCUUCUUUCAUGCUGCAGGGAGGCGACUUUACGCGUGGCGAUGGGACUGGUGGAAAGUCGAUUUACGGCGAGAAGUUUGCUGACGAGAACUUCAAGCUCCUCCAUGACCGACCUGGCCUUCUCUCGAUGGCCAACGCCGGCCCCGGCACCAACGGGUCCCAGUUCUUCAUCACGACGGUGACCACCCCCUGGCUGGACGGCAAGCACGUCGUGUUCGGUGAAGUCCUCAACGGGAUGGACAUUGUCAAGGCCAUUGAGGCGCAGGGCUCGAGCGGAGGCAAGCCGCAGACCAAGGUGACGAUCACUGCGUCGGGCGUCGUCGAGGGUGAAGCCCCCAGCUCGUGACUCUCUUCGCGGCUGUGAAGAAAGCGACAUGAAGCUGGCAUAUGACGCCAAUACAUAGACAUUUAUAGUUGCCCAAUCCCUAUGCUAAUGGAUGUAAUGACCUGGAUGGCUGGCGUGAUAAGUUUUAUC